AUGUCUGUAAAAAGCUCUGCUCUUGCUUCUAUUACCGCCGCUUACACUAAUUCAGAGGAUGAGAUUGAUGAAUGUAUAGACGAUGGUCAUCAUCAUCAGGAAAGCUCUAUCACCUCACAGGUUAUCAUUCCACAGAAUGUCCAAGUCAAAAAGCCAUCAACGCCUGAACAGUUAAACGAUAUCAAAAACAAUUUGGUUUUGGAUUAUGAGUCCGAUGAAGACGACGUACUUAUUCCCCCUGCACCUUCAGGGCAAUAUCCUGCUGAUUUACAGGAAAAAUUUAAUCACUUUGUCAAGCUUGCAGAAUUCGGCAAUUUGGAUAUGAGUGUGGAAAUCCAAAAACGUAAAUCAUUUAGAAAUCCGUCGCUUCUCAAUAAACUCAUUCAGCAAUGCAAGAUUGAUGAACUAGGUACCAACUUUCCACCAAGUUUGUAUGAUCCACUCAAGUUUGGCAAAGAGUCUUAUUAUGACCAACUUGAUAUUGCGCAGCAAGAUACUAUGAGACAAAUGGAAAAUUCAAGAAGAAGAAAAGCAAGUGUUAAAAUAACUUCUGGUGUAACUAAACGUCCAUCUCCAACAAAUAUUGCAGUUACUUGUACUGCAACUAAGCUCCCAGCCCCAAAAAAUAUUCCAAUCGCUACUAAUGAAACUUCAAGAAAAAGAAAAUGGCAGCUUAAUGAUACAAAUGUAAAUUAUAAUAGACAAAGUGUAUUACGUCUUUGUUAA